AUGAGGCGACGAGGCACUGGCGAAAGUGGCGAUGACAGGUCACUCCGACGCAGGAACACUCGACCAUACUCCGCGCAAGGUGAUGAAGCUCCGCGGCUCCAGCAAGACCGGUAUGGAGUCUACAAUGGAAUGACCUGGGCAAAGCUCAAGGGCUACUUGGAUGCCAAAUUCCCAAAGUCCAAGUAUCCAGGGCUGGAAUUCAAGGAACAACGAUUGGGCGACUACUGGGUUUUCGAAGUACCCGAGCUUCUGACCACGGACGACAAGAAAGAACUCGAGAAGUUGAGGGACAAGAGCCAGACCCGUCAUCCUUCUCAGUCGCCAGAGCCGGAAUGA